UAAAGUAUUUGUUUGACAUUUUUCGUGCGCGAAUAAACGAGGGUGGUUUCAUUUGGAUAGGAUUUAUUCUUAAACUCAUUCAGGAAAUGGAUGUUCAACUGUUUGAAAUCCCCGGCAAACUGCUGUCCCUAUCAGAGACUUUGUCAGCGGAUACCGAAAUAAAAGGAUACGUCAGCACUGUGGUCACUGAUGCAAAUGACUCAGUUCAGUCGUUUAAUGACAUGAUGAACAGUGAAUACCAAGAGCUCAGCAAACAAACAUACCUUUUUUGCAAUACAGAUGAUAUAUUGUUAGUGAAUUGGGAAGAACUAAAGCACGCUGUUACAAAUAUGCUGAAUGCCGUAAAAGCUUUCAUGGACAAAAUCAAAUCUUCAGAAAAGCGUAUACACUCAUACAUUAAACAAUGUCGAGCAAGCGCAGUAGAAAAGGGACCGCAGGUCGAUCUGCUUCGAUCCAGCAAGGAUUAUAUGGAAAUGAAAAUUCCCGAAUUACAACGCAUCAUUGAGACGUUGAAAAACGAAGAAAGACAAUAUGACGAAGAAGCCCGCCGAUUUGACCGACGGGCUUCUAAACUCGAGGACGAGGAAGAAGAAAGAACUGAAGCCGGCGUUUGGAGCUUUGAGGCGUUCACAUUGGGAAGUCUCCUUUUCGCACGUUUUACACUUGGAGGCAGCCUGGUUGUUUGUACAGCUGGUGGCCUUCUUGCGGGACUGAAUUUGGCGAAAGCUAAAGAUUGUCGUACGGCAGCAAAGAGAUAUAGCAAUAUGGCAAAAGAAAAAAGUAAAACCGCUGAUAUCAUUACUGAAAGCAAGAUGACUACUGAAAAGGAAAUAAAGACAUUAGAAAAUGACAUAGAUGCACUUAUUAAAGAUGCAAACACACUCGCCGAAAUAACAGCUGAAAUGUUUAAGUUUAUAGAUGUGCUUGCACAAAUAGAAAGUGCAUUUCAGGAUGAGGAACUUGCCCUGGAAGACGCAAUUUUGUAUUCCUCAUCAUUUCGUUUGAACCAGAUAGUGUUUCGCAACAUGCCAGAGGGAUGUCAAAUCAAGUUUGAAGAUUUAAAAAUGAGAUUGGAGAAUACAAGAACUGUUCUUCAACAAUAUGGCAUUGUCCCUUAAAAAGACUCAGAAUAGCGUCUACAUACGCCUUUAUUUCUUUUAUACUUUUUACCCGACAUUAUAGUAACAUGGAGUCAUCAAAAGCUUUCUGUUUUAUUGAUAUUUAUUGAAAAUGUUCUUUUUAUUUUACAUUCACUAAAAGACAUUCUACACCAAUAAGAUAUUCAACGUUGUCGCAUAAGACUCGUAGAUAAGGAAUUUAAAUUUCAAUUAAAAUGUAACAUCUUGACGUAUUUAUUUAUGUUAUACAUUAAAACGAUCUUGUUAAUGUAUCGAUUCGAAUGUUAUUUUCGUGUGGUUCAGGUAGUGUUCCCUUUGUUAUUAGAUUUUUGUAAUAUCGAAACUGUAAGUCAGUGAAUUGAAUUUUAUUUAUUCGCGGCCAUAUCAAUAGGCCUUACAUUUAUGAACUUGAACAAGUUAUAGUUUAAUAAAACAUGUUGCAGCGCAACCUCAUGCUUAAUCACAAUCCCCAAUUACAGGUUUAAAUGAAUAUAUUAUUCUACAAUAAAGAAUGUUAUUGUUAAAUAUACCAUAUGCCUCAUGUAAUAACCUGAAAUUAAACUUAUACAUAACUGGGUAGACAAUAAAUAAUGUGUUAUCAUGAUGGUUGUUUACCGUUCUCUAUGUUUUAUUGCCGAAUAGAUGUAAGCUGUAUUUAUUUCCUUGCAAAUAAUGUUGCAUUUUUUGUCAAAAUUUCUGUUUGUAGACAACAAUUAAAUGUAAUCGAUAGGUAAUUGACUUCUAAUACAUAGUGCUUAAAUGUUUCAACAACGGAUCUUCUUUUUGUAGUUUCCUUGCAUUACUUCUUUAUUUAUUGAUGUUGCAUAUCUAAAUGGUUACUUUUGUUGUUGUUGU